AUGUCCUACAUAGAGACUUCAACCGGUUUGUACAGGCGACCUCUCAGCCUCUCAGAGAAGGGCAUGGUUGCUGCUGUCGGGGCUUUUCGACCCUCGCCCCGUGAACUCAUCAAAAUCUAUGCAUUUGCAGAUUUCACAGUUACUCAAUCCGCCCAGACGGUCGAAAAGGUCGUGUCAGCUUUCGCCAGCGCGUGGAAAGCCCUACGGCUGCUCAGAUCACCCGACAUAGCCACGAGCUUUGAAGACGGAUUCAAACUGUACCAUGUCCCUUCACCAGAAGCGUUCGAAGCAUGGCUAUCGCGCACAUUCAUUGUCUCCGAGGCAGGCACAUCCGUACAGAGUGCUGUGAGAGCCAUGCAGCAACGCAUUGAAUUGCUUCCUGCAAUCCAGCUGAUUCCUCAUGCCACGGAAGAUGGGACGUUCCAAGGCACCCUCAUUCUUUCCAUCAGCCACUGGCGAACCGAGGCCUCUGGUGCCUUCAAGACCCUCAACCAGCUGUUUGACUACGCGGCAGAUCUUCUCUCCGGUACAGCUACGACCGAGGCUUUGUCGAGGCAUCAUUUGGGCGACGAAGCCUGUCUCCUAACUCCAGCUACUGAAGAUAUCCUCAUGCCGGACCGACAAAGCACGCCGGAAGCCAAAACCCGCGUCGAGAAGCGUUUUGACAAUUACUACUCCAAAUUGCCCUGCAUCGACUUCCCGAUGCAAGGUAGUCCGUCGGACCCUUUCUCAACGGCCAAGGAAAUUCGCCAUACCUACAACCCGUCCACCACAGGAAACCUUCGAGCCGCCUGCAAGGCUCAUGGCAUCACAAUCACAUCUGCCGUUCAUUCUGCAUACCUUGGCGCCGUUUGGACCUUUGCACCGUCAGAACACGCAAACCGCAACUACGCAUCUUUAAUGCCAGCACAAGUCCGCACAAGGCUCCCCCCGUCUUCACCGUACCGUGAUCAAGGCUGCUGGAGCGCCGCGCAGAUGCUGAUGCUCACCUUACCACCAAACCAAAACUUCCUCGCUCGCGCUCGCGAUCUACGAAGUCAGUACAAGCUCGCGGACCAAGAGUCGUGGUGGUAUGAAGAUGCCCUAGAAACCAGCGAGCAGGUCAGCCAGUUGGCGGUGAAGACACCUGCCGGGCAACCCGUUUCGUUCCCGUGGUUCACUGGUUUGGGCCUUCUGGACGGCGAGACCAUUGUCCCGGAACAUGGGGACAUCAAGGUCGAUGACGUCGAUUUCUUUGCGGACCCAUUAAGUCCGGGGAUUGUGUUGAGGGUGUGGACGUUCAAGGAGAGACUGAAUAUUCAUGUGGUCUGGAACGCUGCGUAUCAUACAGAUGAGCAACUUCGUCGGUUGAUGGACGCCAUUCAUAAAUCGCUCGCAGCAGAUCUUGGUGUUAAAGUCGAGGUUGAGAUGACCGAAGACAAGGAGUAUUGA